AUGCCAGUUAUCCUAGCUCCAAAUGCAAGUGCUUCGAUUGCCACAGAACAAUCCGCAGUUGUCCCAACUCUAAAUGCAAGUGCUUCGACUGCUUCGGAGCAAUCCAUGCCAGUUAUCCCAGCUCCAAAUGCAAGUGCUUCGAUUGCCACGGAACAAUCCGCAGUUGUCCCAACUCUAAAUGCAAGUGCUUCGACUGCUUCGGAGCAAUCCAUGCCAGUUAUCCCAGCUCCAAAUGCAAGUGCUUCGAUUGCCACGGAACAAUCCGCAGUUGCCCCAACUCUAAAUGCAAGUGCUUCGACUGCUUCCGAGCAAUCUAUGCCAGUUAUCCCAGCUCCAAAUGCAAGUGCCUCGAUUGUCACGGAACAAUCCGCAGUUGUCCCUACUCUAAAUGCAAGUGCUUCGACUGCCUCGGAGCAACCCAUGCCAGUUAUCCUAGCUCCAAAUGCAAGUGCUUCGAUUGCCACGGAACAAUCCGCAGUUGUCCCAACUGUAAAUGCAAGUGCUUCGACUGCCUUGGAGCAACCCAUGCCAGUUAUCCUAGCUCCAAAUGCAAGUGCUUCGAUUGCCACGGAACAAUCCACAGUUGUCCCAACUCUAAAUGCAAGUGCUUCGGAGCAAUCCAUGCCAGUUAUCCCAGCUCCAAAUGCAAGUGCUUCGAUUGCCACGGAACAAUCCACAGUUGUCCCAACUGUAAAUGCAAGUGCUUCGACUGCGGCGGAGCAAUCCAUGCCAGUUAUCCCAGCUCCAAAUGCAAGUGCCACGGAACAACCAGCAAUUAGUGUCUCAGCACAAUCAGUCAUUGUCCCAGAAUCAACAUUCCCGUUCGAACAAGAACUCACUCAACCAUCAGCCCCACUUGUAAUGUCACCAACAUCUGCAUUAGAUGAUAGUGGUGUUUUCUUAGAAGGUAGGUUAGGUCCUCGUUACAUGAUAUCGAGACAAAGUCAUUUAAACACAAUGAGUGCAUGCAACUGUUUACAGUAGUGUUUUGAUAAAUGCGUCAGUGACAGUUAAAUUUUCUUAAUAAUUACAGAAAUCUACUGGCAAUUUCUGUUUUCAACCUAUUUAGAUUUUGUCACGGUCUCAAGUAAUAUAGAAUUAAUCAUUAUUAAUUGCAGUUAUGCAUAUAUUUCUUUAUGAUAACUACGUAAGUUUAUAUGAAUUUCCUUCAACAGUUGAAACUCACUACAUAGAGGAUACAGAUGUAUUUUCUACGGUCAGUGGUACGAGAAAAAGGAGUUUGAAAGAAAAUGCUGUAAAUUCUAAAAAGACCAAAUUAUCAUCAGGUAGUUAUCUGUUUGCCAGUGUUUGUGCCAUGAAAUACGUUAAUCCACUUUGCUUUUGAUUUUAUUGAACCCUCAGUUUGUCCGCAAUGAAAAAAAACUUUUUUAUUCGUGAAAUCUCUCUAAGUUGUAAAGAUCAUGAUGUACCAUUCCGCUUCAGAAUUACCUGCAUGUAUGCGUUACACCAUGUUUACAAGGUUACGCAUGCAGUCAUGUGUAUCUGACUACGUUUUUUAAAAUAUUAAAUUUCAGACGAAAUCAUCCAAACGCAAGGCAGCUCACAAGAAUACAAUUUGUACAAAUAUUGUAUAUGUAAAAAGGUAAGCUAUAUGACUGAAAUAUAUUUUAAAAAUGAACAGAGGCGCCGGAAUAUCGAUAAUUGGGGGGGGGGGGAGUAGAUAUUCAUAUAUUCGUGUAUUUUAUUAUUGAUUGUUUUUACAGUCUGUGAACACGAAUAUAUGAAUAUCUGCCCUUUCCCCCAAUUAUCGAACUUCCGGCGCCUCUGCAUAUAUGAACGGCAUCGGUAUUGGGAACGAAACCAUUAUUAUUUUAGGCGAAAUCAAAGGAUGAAGAGGAUGGGAUGGUUGUAUGUGAAAACCGAAAAAGAAAGAAAGAAAAUAAGGUUUUUACAUCCUUACCAUUUCAUUUUAAUUAAAUCAACGCAACAAAUACAAUAUUAAAUGUCAAAUUUCAACAUUAUAUUUACAGUGCCCGGGAAACAGGUUCUACCAUCUAUCUUGCUUAAAGCUUAAAGGAGUACCAAAAGAAAACCCCUG